AUGUGCGUGGAGACGGAAAAUAACGAUGGGAUCCCCACGGUGGAGAUCGCGUUCGACGGUGAGCGCGAGCGGGCGGAGGCAAACGUGAAGCUGUCCGCGGAGAAGAUGGAGCCGGCGGCGCUGGCGAAGACGUUCGCGAGGCGGUACGUCGUGAUCGAGGGGGUGGAGUACGAUGUGACGGAUUUUAAGCACCCGGGAGGAACGGUUAUUUUCUAUGCGUUGUCAAACACCGGGGCGGACGCGACGGAAGCGUUCAAGGAGUUUCAUCAUCGGUCGAGAAAGGCGAGGAAAGCCUUGGCGGCGCUCCCGUCUCGACCGGCCAAGACGGCCAAGGUGGACGACGCGGAGAUGCUCCAAGAUUUCGCCAAGUGGCGGAAAGAAUUGGAGAGAGAUGGAUUCUUCAAGCCCUCUCCGGCGCACGUGGCGUAUCGCUUCGCCGAGCUCGCGGCGAUGUACGCUCUCGGGACGUACCUGAUGUACGCUCGAUACGUCGUCUCCUCGGUGCUCGUGUACGCUUGCUUUUUCGGCGCCCGAUGCGGUUGGGUGCAGCACGAGGGCGGACACAGCUCGCUGACGGGCAACAUUUGGUGGGACAAGCGCAUCCAGGCCUUCACAGCCGGGUUCGGUCUCGCCGGUAGCGGCGACAUGUGGAACUCGAUGCACAACAAGCAUCACGCGACGCCUCAAAAGGUUCGUCACGACAUGGAUCUGGACACCACCCCCGCGGUGGCGUUCUUCAACACCGCGGUGGAAGACAAUCGUCCCCGUGGCUUUAGCAAGUACUGGUUGCGCCUUCAGGCGUGGACCUUCAUCCCCGUGACGUCCGGCUUGGUGCUCCUUUUCUGGAUGUUUUUCCUCCACCCCUCCAAGGCUUUGAAGGGUGGCAAGUACGAAGAGUUGGUGUGGAUGCUCGCCGCGCACGUCAUCCGCACGUGGACGAUCAAGGCGGUGACCGGAUUCACCGCGAUGCAGUCCUACGGCUUAUUUUUGGCGACGAGCUGGGUGAGCGGCUGCUAUCUGUUUGCACACUUCUCCACGUCGCACACGCACCUGGAUGUGGUGCCCGCGGACGAGCAUCUCUCCUGGGUUCGAUACGCCGUCGAUCACACGAUCGACAUCGAUCCGAGUCAAGGUUGGGUGAACUGGUUGAUGGGCUACCUCAACUGCCAAGUCAUCCACCACCUCUUUCCGAGCAUGCCGCAGUUCCGCCAGCCCGAGGUAUCUCGCCGCUUCGUCGCCUUUGCGAAAAAGUGGAACCUCAACUACAAGGUCAUGACCUACGCCGGUGCGUGGAAGGCAACGCUCGGAAACCUCGACAACGUGGGUAAGCACUACUACGUGCACGGCCAACACUCCGGAAAGACGGCGUAA